UACAUCAAAACAGUAUACAUAUUUUUUUGGUCAUUUCAAAAUGCGCUUUUAUCUUCUAUACAAAAAUCAUGGCCUCUACGAUCCAGUCUUGGAUGACACGGAAGAUUAUUAUGUACCGAUAACAGAAGAAGACCUGCAAACGUCUAAUAUUUCUGGACAAACCUAUACUAUAAAUUAUGCGGACAGACAAAAUGUGGAAAACAAUUAUGGUGCUAACGUUACAAAAUCAGAUACUAAAUUCGAAGAUCAAAUGAAAUCAAAUUUAAAAGAUGUAUUCCUACAUAUUAACGUGGACGAUCUACCACCUUCAGCCAGAUUUAAGCUACCUGUUUCUGAUGAAUAUGACCCCGAAGGUAGGAAAAUGUCGAAAUUACAGAGAUUAUAUCAGAAUUUAUUGAAUAUUGAUCUUAAAAAAGUAUCCCAACAAAUAAGACUAGAAGAAAACAAAACUGUCAGACAUACAGAUGACAUUAGACAAGAUAUAAAUAGAGAAAUUGCAAAAGAAAUAUUAAGACAAAAUGAAAUGACCAAAAAAGAUUCUAUAUAUACUGAAAAUAAUAAGCAAGAAUGGGAUAUAAUAAGAGAAACGGCCACAGAUAUUGUUGAAAAAAGUAUAAAUAAGGCGUUGUCGAUUGCGAAAAUGAAACAAAAUACUAAAAUCGAAAAAAAUGUUGAGUUCGAAAAUACUGAAAUUAAAAUGCAUAAAGAAUCAAAAGAUAUAGAGGCUUUAAAAGAAUCAAAGGUUGAAAAGGUAGAAAACAAAACAGAGCUAAUCCAAGAAGUGCGAAUAAAAGACACUAACGAAAAGAAAACAACCUAUGAGAAAAAAGAACUGAAAAAGGUAACUUUUAAUGAAGAUGUAAUAGAAGACAAGAGUUACGAAGAGAGUCAAAAUGAAGAAACAAUUAACAUUGAAAGUGACUCUAGGUUAACAGCGGAAAAAAGAAAAUUAUUAACGAGACAAGACAUAGAAGAAGCUAUAAAACCAGGCACCGUUCGUGAUAGAACUGAAAUAUUUAAUAAACACAAUAUAAUAAACGACGUCAAUAAAUCUGAUAAAUACGAAAAAACAUAUAUUAAAGAAUCGGAACAAUUAUCAAAAAAAAUGAAACGAGCAACAGACGAUACUACAUCUAACAUCAAAAUGGCACAACAGAGAGUAUUUAAUGUUGGAGCACAAACUAUAAAUAAUAUUCGGCGAGCAACGUACCCUACAUUUGUAAACAGUUUAUUAAAAUCAUUUUUCUCACAUAUUACCAAAGUUAUGAUUAGAUUAUCUAAAUAUGUAAGAUUAAGGCCUCUACCAUAUUUCACUAAAACAGAAGAGAAACAAUCUAGCGAACGAAGUAAAGCAAUCAAAGAGAAUGUUUUUUCUAAAGAAGGACAAUUAAUUAUAAAGAGUAAACUAUCUGGGGCUAAAAUAGCUCAAAUAGAAGGAAUGAAACCUGAGGAACUAACUAAGAAAAUGAAUAUUGUUAUAUUGGAACUUCAGAGAAAGUCGGGAAUAGAAGAAGAAUUAGAUAAAAAAGAUUAUGUUCAUAUGGAUUUCGACGAAAAAAGUUUUAAUGAAAUGGAUUUUAGCAAAGAAGGUUUAGAUAAAAAAGGUUUUGUUAAAAUGGUAUACAAUAAAGAUAAAAAACAAUUUGUCGAAACGGAUUUCGACGAAAAAGAUUUUAACGAAAUGGGAUUCGAUAAAGACUUCGAAUACGACGGAAGUAGAAAUAAAAGUGAUGUAGGAGACGAUACCCAAGGCAUGUUUUACCAAAGCUAUACACGUUGUGAUAACAAACAGAACAAUUAUCAAACUUACGAGACAACCAAAACUCAAUCAAUGGAAAUUAGAGAAAUGAAAACUAAAAAACGUUGCUCUGAAUACAAAACGACAAAAAUUGAUUCAAACGUUUGUAAUGAGCAGAAUGUAAUGAGAAAUGAUGAUGGCAAUAUAAUUUACAUAGCAAUAGUAGAAUCGCAUGUUUAUACGAACAGAGAUGCUAUUUUCGAAGAGCAUUUACGGCGAAUGUCAGAAAGUAAAAGUGUUAUCGAAAAAACUGAAUUAAACAAACUAAGUGAUUUAUUAGAAACGACAGAUAAAUUGAAUGUCUAUGUUGCACUUGAUGACACUCGUAAGCUAUCAUUCGCAAGUGAUACUAUGAUACCUGUUGAUCAUUCGCCAUUGAAUGAAUUUGAAACUCAAUCGAUAAAAUAUAUAAGAAGCGCUACUGAUUUAGAAAACGUAGCGAAGAAAAUUGCAGUACAAAAUAUAACGCAAAUUAUCGAACCGCUACUUCAUAUGGAGAACAAACAACAUAUAAGUAACAAACAAGCCCACGCGGUACUUGAAAUGCCGGUAAUAUCGAUAGCUGAAACGACAGACGUCUCAACGGAAGAAAAACAAGCUUAUUUUCAGGCGCAAGUGUUCGUAUCACAAAAAUCUUACAUGUCAGUUGAAGAACCUUGCAAACCGGUUAUUGAAAUAACAGAAAUUGACGUUGACGAAGACGAAAGUGCAGUUAUCGAAGAAUCACAAAUUAAAGUGGAGCUACCGGAAGCUACAAUCGAAACACCAGUGAAAUCCAUUGCUGAGAUUUCGGAAGUAAUAACAAAAGAAGAUGAUAUAGUUGAAAUUGCCGUUACUAAGCCGAAUACAGUUGAAGUGCACCCUAUUUUAGAUAUUACUGCAAAGACCGUCGCAGUUACCUCUGAAGUUCUUUCCCAUGAAGCCAGCGUAGAACUCUUCGAUGUACCUAAGACUGCUGCUAAAACUUCGGACACUGUUAUGGAAAAAACUUCAAUGUCAGUAGCAGAGACUACAACAACUUCUCCAGAACGUAGCAGUGAGUUUUUAAGUGUUACCGAAGCGCGUAAAGAAACAGCUAAAAUGAAUAUAAGUGAAAAUUUAGCAAUUGAAGUUUCGCAUGUGUCAUUUGAAGAACCAAAAAAUGAAAAAAUUAACGUACAAAAGUCUCAGUUCGAACAAGCGAAUAUAACCUUAACAACUAGCGUUGCAGCGGAAGUACUGGAAAUAGCUGUUUUGGAAAAGGAACCAGAAACAUUUGAUGUUCCUAUAAUCAAAGACAAGAAAAUGGAGUCAUUAAUGGAAAACUUCGUUUUUUCUAUCGCUGAAAUUACACAGGAAAUUCCUAACGAACCUAGAAACGAACCCAUUGAAGAAAUUAAAACAACAAAUCAAAACGCAACACUUCAAAUUCAAGAAUUUAAUGCAACUGAAGCAAACGUUGUAUAUCCAUCAGAACCGAAAUUCCAAAGUUUAGAAAUAAAGGAUAUCACAGAAAUACAACCCCAAGCUUUAGUAGAACAAACAAACUUUACUGUAGCAGAACAAUUAACUAUAUUACCUGAAGAAACGAGUAAAGAAAUAGAUGUAACAAUAGCGCCAAACCAACAAGCAGAUAUUGCUAUAGAAGAAUUAAAAGCUGCAGAAAUUAUCACAGUGUCUACUGAAGAACCUGCACAUGAAAAUCUCGAAGUUCUCAAAAUCGUUGAGAAGUUACCACAAACUUUAAUGGAAAGUUGUGUCUUAACUCUCGCUGAAGCACAAGCUAUAAUACCUGAAGGACCUAAGGACGAAUAUUUUGAAAUUCCACCUUUAACUACGAAACAAACAAAAAUAUUAACAGAACCUGCUUUAUUAACAAUUGCCGAAUCAAUUGAUGUAUUGCCUGAUGGUCCCAAAGAAGGCGUAUUCAAAGUCACUGAAGCUUCAAAAGAACAGACUCGUAUCGAUCUAGAUGAUUUAAAGCCUCUUCACACGACUACUGUUUUUAUCGAAGAACAACACGAAGAGUUUCAAGUACCACAAGUCGAUCAGAAGAUCCCACAGACAUUAAUGGAAAAUCCAAUAUUGACAAUCCCUAUUUCGCUAGCUAUUUUGCCUGAAGGUCCAAAAGAUGGACCAUUUGAAAUCGAUAGCGUAACAAGUUUAGAACCUAAGGUUGAUUUUGAAGAAUUCAAAGCAGCUGCUGUGACCAUUGUAUUUCCUGAAGAGCCUAAACAAAAGAAUUUAGAUAUCCCUAUAGUCCUUGAAAGACAGCCACUAUCUGAAAUAGAAAGCCCUCGUCAUUCUGUUGCUGAAAUAUUAGCGAUAAUACCAGAAGGUCCAGAAGCUGGUAGUCUUGAACUAAAUAAGAUACCAGAAGAAAAAAUUAAAGUAAAUUUCAACGAAUUACACUCAUUGGAAACAACAAGUACGUCGCUCGGGGAGUCUGUUAAGGAGGAUAUGAUCAUUCAAAAGACAAUUGAAAAAAAGCUUCAGACUCAAAUACAGGAAAUGAAUUUAAAUAUUGCUGAAACGUUAACAAUAACCCCAGAAGAACCCAAAGAUGAAACUUUUGUUGUAAAUAAAACAGUUAAUCAAGAAGCGCGCAUUAAUAUUGAAGAGUUGAAAGCUGCAGAAAGCAAAAUCAUAAUGUUAGAAGAGACUAUAAAUGAAGAUUUAGAGUUACCAGACAUAAAAAAAUCUCUUGAAAAGCAAGUAAAUGUAUCUUUGGUUGAAUCGACUGCUACUAUGGUUGCAGAACAAACAGCUGUUACGGUAGCUAAAGAAGAAACGUUCAAAUUUAUGAAUAAAGUACCAGUGACAGCUACAACACGUGACGUGAAGCUAGAAAUAGUAGAUGUGUCUGAUGAUUCCAGAAGCUUUGAAGACGUAGAUUUGAAUUACACUGUGGAGCUACCUAAAGAACACGAUGAUAAAGUUAAUGAAGUAUUUGCUGAAGCUACCAUCACUAAACAGAAGACACCACCCUUAGAGGUGUUUGCGGAAUACGAAUUUAAUGAAAAGAAAACGCAACAAGACUCCAUCAUAUAUGAAUCUAUAAAACUUUUGAAAAAAAAAAUAUUCAAACAAUCUACGGACGAAAGUUUCAGCUACACGGCUCUCAUCACAGAUGAGGAAUUUAAUAGGAAAGUUGAAGAGGAGCUGAUAAAAAUAAUAUCAACAACCGAAGCAUCAGAAUAUAUAAAAAAUGGAGAUAUUAGUACUUUUUCUUUUUCGUUAGCAUCAUCAGCCCUUACUCCUUUAAUUGAGGAAUACAUGUUUAGAAUUAGAGGUCCAUCGUUGAGGAGAUUUCAAUAUAUAGAUGAUGUUUUUGAAGAAGCAACAUUCAGGCUAAAGUCGAAAUUUCAAUCAUCAACCGUUGAGAACUUUGAUGCAAGUUUAACGUUAAUAUUACAAGAUAUAGCAACAUCACAACUUCAAUCAGAAGUCAUUGAUGUUGAUAUAGAAUCAACGGAAUAUAUAUCUGAAACAGAUAUAAAGAAACAAUAUUUCGAGUCGCAGAAAACUUCCAAGUUAGAUACAAGUGUUCAAGCUGAAAAACAAAGCUUACACACAGGUUUAGCUAUAGCGAGUGCAGCAACGAAGCAAACAAUUGAAACAGGUAUCGACGUUACCGUAUUAGCUAUUGAGGAAGAACCUUUAAUUGAAGCGACCAGAUCGAAAGCAGUUCGAAAGACGAAGUCAAGUAAAAAAUCAGCGAGAGCAGAAACUUCACAAGCUGAAUUGAAAGCUAGUAAACUUGAAGUAUCAGAUGCAAGACACAUCGAAGCCAUGGAGAGCGAAGCGUCUCUACAUUCUCAAUCGCUAGGAGCGAGUAUGGAAGUCAGUAUGGGUAGUCUUAGUAUGGAAAUGAAUCAAGAACAUGAAUCGCACCUACAAGUGUCUAAAAGAAAACAUAUUGAAGCGAGUAGAGUAUCCGCGUCUGCAUCUGACUUCGAUCAUGAAACAAUUAUAUCUAAAGAAUCUGUCACUAAAUCGAAAUCAUUGGAAUCUGACAAGAAACUCUCAAUCAAAACUGACUUGAGAACAAAUGAGGCAUAUGAAGUCACAAAUGGCGAAUCACCAUCACCUCCAUUGUCACCACCAACGCCAUUAACCGAUGAAUAUAUAUUCAGACUCGAAAUUCCACUACCAGAAGAAUGUGAAUUCGUACCCAGGGAUUGUUCUUAUAGUCCUGAAAGCAUAGAAGAUGAAAUUAUAUUGAGGAAUGGUUUAAUACCACAUAUCAUAACUAGAAUCGAACGUAUAAUUUACAGCCCCCCUCUACCAACCCCUCCUAUUUCACCGGAAAGACAAAUUAUACCAAUUUACAGGAAACCGACGCUUAAAGGGGGUUCGGGUGAUGAUAAAACAAUCAACGCAAGCUUUUUUAAAUUUAUACAAAGAAGGUUCUACGAAAUGGAUCAGACGUGUUUAGCUAAUCAGAUCAUGAAAGCAGUGGAUAGCAUGAUCGAUCCAAAUGCGAGUCUGGAACAGCAAGUAGCACAGAUGAAAGCACAACUAGCAGCUCUGUCGCAGCUUCCCAAUCUCAUUCAACAGAAAGUGGAUGCUGUGAGCCGGCAGAUCAGUCAAAUUAGCCAAAUGGAAUACAAAGAAGUUCGUCAAGAGAAAUAUCUGGAAAUUAAUAAAACACCUCAAGAAAGAAUUGUUCAAUUCGAGAAACAUCCAGAAAGUCACAGACAAUCGGUUGAAAUAACAGAGAUUGAUGUACCAGAGAAUGAGUCGACAGGACAGAGAGGUGGAAAGAUGCAAAUAAGAGUGACCAAACCGAGUUUAACAGAAGAUGAGGUAGCGCUCAUGAAGAGAGAAGAAGUGAAGAGAAUGCUGGAGAGUAAGAUGAAGAAAGAGCACAAUAAGGAAUUUAUCCAUCAAAUAAAGGAACAACAACCACAGAUCCAAAACAAACCAACACCUAUGUUCGGACCUGCCCCUCCAGAAAGACCGCUCAUCCUGCCUGGUGGAAGGAAAUGGAAAAAAUCCAGGGAAUACGAUGAGGAGCUGAUCCAGGAGACAUUGACCGCACAAGCGGAAGUCAUAAAAGGAAAUGCGAUUGGAGUGAAUUUCAUGAAAUACCAGAAACCGCCCAAAGGCCUCGACCACUUGCAACAUUCUGAAGUCUACAAAGCGAUACACAAUAUGGACGAAGCGCGUCCGAAGAGAGUUGCUAUGUUGAUGCCUUCCAUCGCUGAAGCUGAUUAUAGAGAGUUGGAAGUGUUGGUGGAUUUUGGCGCGAAUCCAGACGAGAAUGUCGUCAAUAAAACUCUUAAAUAUUUAAACGAACAAGAUGGCGUGAAACAGGCGGUAUUCAAAGAUGGCGCUGUUAUGGUAGAAACUACGCUGCCGAGUUCCGUUAUCCUGGACAUGGUGACGAGGACAUCUGGCAGAAGAUCAGUUCUGCAGGGAUUUGGGGACACUCAGUCGGCGGUGGCGAUGAUAUCCAGCCAGCGAUGCUGCAAACAGCAGGUGUUAGGCGUGAUAAGGUUCCAGCAGAACGAUGGCGGGCCCCUCGUGGGCGACGGCAGCGUGGACGGUCUCGCGCCCGGCCCGCACGGUCUGCACGUCCACGACGCUGGUGAUCUAAGCUUGGGUUGCAAUUCGAUCGGCGACCACUACAACCCGCAUCGCUCCCCGCACGGGGCCCCCUCCGACCCCCCGGACAAGAGACACGCAGGGGACCUGGGGAAUAUUGUCGCUGAUGAUAAAGGCAGAGCGACUUUCAGAAUACUGGACAGCGUGCUUAACAUUUACGACAUCGUCGGCAGAUCAGUAGCGAUCAAGGAGAACGCGGAUGACUUCGGUCGGGGUUCGAGUCCCGCGUCAAAGACUGAUGGGGAUUCCGGCGCAUCAGUAGCGUGUGGUAUUAUAGCAAGAUCGGCGGGAAUAUUCCAGAAUCCGAAACGGAUAUGCGCGUGCGACGGCGUCGUCGUGUGGGAUGAGAAGGACAGGCCGUUGGCGGGAAAAGGACGAAGGGAUAAAUGUUGCCAUAAUGAAAAAGAUCUGGAUAAAGUCAAAGUUUGCUGUAAAGUUUAAAAUAUAAAUUUAUUUAUUUAUUGCUGUCUUAUAUUUUUGCUAUGUGAUUCGGGUUAUUUUAGAAUGUUGCCAGGUUAGGUUUUGGUGUUGUCAGCUUUAAAUUUGUUUUCGUUAUAAUUGUUUCCCAAAUGAAUUAAAUUAAGAUUAUUAUUAUUAAAUUGUUGAUUAAAAAACACAA